CCCGACUUUCAUCUCCGUGUUUCUCUUUGUUGGGAAAGCCUUAUAACAGGCGCAAGCACAUUUUCUGUGACCUGUAUCAUCUAUCUGCCCAUCCCCACCCGCAAGAACUGGCUGCUGGCUACUUGAGUGCUCAGAGUGCGUCUACAGCGCAGCCUUCUCCAACACAAUGAGCACCGGACUCGAUUUCGGAUUCGAGAAUCGGGAGACCCGGGGAGCCCCAUCGGCUAUUGAGCUUGGCAAACCCAUCGCCUCCACAGAAGGGGAUCAUCGAUCACCUGCACAACAAUAUCACUUGGGAAUAGAAAACAUCCUCCCCGACUCACUCACAUCGCCUCAUGCAGACAACAGCUCGGGUCGUUCUGGCGAUGAUGACGUACCCAACGGAUCUAGUAGUUCCGAUCGCGAUGCGCGAACAUUAAAUGGAGAAAAUAGUAGCCCUUCGGACGAUCCAAAGCGUGUUCAAAGAGACGCAGAACUCGCUGGUCUGGCCCGACAAUUGACCAGACACUCCACGCGAACUGGAUUAACCGGAGAAAACUUGUUUGAAUAUCAGGAAGGAUCCGACUUGGACCCGUUCUCAGACAACUUCAACGCGAGAAAGUAUGUCAAAGGUCUUGCCGCUUUGUCCAGAGACCAAGGUGUGGAGAGGUUAUCAGGCGUAUCCUUCUCCAAUCUCAGCGUUCAUGGCUAUGGCUCAGACGCUGAUUACCAGAAGACAGUCGGAAAUCUGCCAAUGUCAUAUGUUGGGCAAGCUAUGGACAUGAUCAGAGGUCGAAAGCGCAAAGUUCAAAUCCUGAACGGUCUCGAUGGAUAUCUUGAAGCUGGAGAGAUGCUUGUGGUCCUUGGACCGCCGGGAAGUGGUUGCACGACCCUGCUCAAGACCAUUGCAGGCGAGAUGAACGGAAUCUAUCUUGAUGAUGAGACAGAGCUGAACUAUAGAGGUAUUCACCCAAAGAAGAUGCACAAGCAAUUCAGGGGAGAAGCAAUCUACACAGCUGAGGUGGACGUCCACUUCCCAAACUUGACGGUUGGAGACACUCUGGCUUUUGCCUCAGAAUGCAGAGUUCCAAGGACGCCUCCUGCAGGACUUACCCAGAAGCAAUUUGCGUCUCAUAGUCGAGAUGUCAUGAUGUCGACAUUCGGUAUUUCUCACACCGUCAAUACGAUCAUCGGUAACGAGUACAUUCGUGGAGUAUCUGGAGGAGAACGCAAGCGUGUGACGAUCUGUGAAGCAGCAUUGUCAGGAGCACCUCUGCAAUGCUGGGACAACUCGACUCGAGGUCUUGACUCUGCCAAUGCCAUCGAGUUCUGCAAGAAUCUGAAAUUGAGCUCUGAAUACUUGAGCACCACAUCCGUCGUUGCCAUCUAUCAAUCCCCUCAAUCAGCGUACGACCUCUUCGACAAGGUCUCUGUCCUGUACGAGGGAGAACAGAUCUUCUUCGGUAAAUGUACAGACGCCAAGGCUUUCUUCACCAACAUGGGUUUCGAAUGUCCCGAACAACAAACAGUCCCUGAUUUCCUCACAUCCUUGACGAGCCCUUCCGAACGAAAGGCUAAGAAAGGAUACGAGAGUCGAGUCCCGACGACCCCUCAGGAGUUCGUUGCAGUCUGGAAGAAGAGCCCGGAAUAUGCUCAGCUCAAGAAGGAUAUCCAGUCGUACAACGAAAAGCAUCCCAUGGAUGGAGAUAGCUACAAGACUUUCCUUGCCUCCAGGAGGCAGCAACAGGCCAAGCAUCUUCGCGCCAAGUCUCCCUACACCCUGUCGUACGGCCAGCAAAUCAAGAUUUGUCUGCGAAGAGGAUUCUGGCGACUCAAAGCCGACCCGAGUCUUACACUCACUCAGCUGUUUGGUAACUUUGUGAUGGCCUUGAUCAUCUCUUCGGUCUUUUACAAUCUCCAGCCCACAACUUCUAGUCUGUACCAGAUUGGAGCUUUGAUCUUUUUUGCUGCGUUGAUCAACGCUUUCGGAGCUGCUCUCGAGAUUCUCACAUUGUACGCCCAACGACCCAUUGUUGAGAAGCACACCCAAUACGCCUUCUAUCACCCAUCUGCCGAGGCUUUCGCGUCCAUGCUCACCGACAUGCCCUACAAGAUCCUGAAUAACCUGACCACCAACUUGACACUUUAUUUCAUGACCAAUUUGCGACGAGCGCCUGGUCCGUUCUUCUUCUUCGUCCUGAUCACCUUCACCAUGACUCUCGUAAUGUCGAUGAUUUUCCGAUCCAUCGCUGCGCUCUCUCGUGUCUUUGUCCUCGCCAUGACGCCAGCGGCUAUCAUCAUGAUUGGCCUGAUUGUCUACACUGGAUUCGCCAUUCCUGUUGUGCAAAUGCGAGGAUGGUCACGAUGGAUUAACUACAUCAAUCCCAUCGGAUACGGUUUCGAGUCACUCAUGAUCAAUGAAUUCCACGAUCGAGAGUUCCUGUGUUCGCAAUACAUCCCCGCAGGACCAGGGUAUCAAAAUGUCGGUGCCGACAAUCGAAUCUGUUCUGUGGUCGGUGCACAAGCUGGUGACGCAUACGUCGAAGGAGACACAUACAUAUACCUCUCCUACGGCUACGAAUACCAGCACAAAUGGAGAAACUUUGGUAUCCUUAUCGCAUUUGCUGUUUUCUUCCUGGGUGUUUACCUGCUCGCCACAGAGCUCAUCUCUGCCCAGCGUUCCAAAGGUGAAAUUCUGGUCUUCCCUCGUGGUCAUUUCCCUGCGGAGAUGCUCAAGAAGCAAGCAAACGAUGAGGAAUCUCAACAGACCCGAUCCAACGAAAAGAGCAAGCUUGGCGGAAAAGUGGAAAGACAAAUUACCGGAACUGCUCGAGCCGAUCAAGGUAUCAUUCAAAAGCAGACAAGCAUCUUCUCAUGGAAGGAUGUCGUGUAUGACAUCAAGAUCAAGAAGGAACCGAGGCGUAUUCUAAAUCAUGUAGACGGAUGGGUGAAGCCAGGAACUCUGACCGCUUUGAUGGGAGUGUCUGGUGCUGGUAAAACAACUCUGCUCGACGUCUUGGCUGCCCGUGUCACUAUGGGUGUAGUCACUGGUGAAAUGCUUGUCGAUGGUGAACAACGAGAUGUAUCCUUCCAGCGUAAAACUGGAUACGUUCAACAACAGGAUCUGCACUUGCAAACCAGUACCGUCCGAGAGGCCCUUCGUUUCAGUGCCGAGCUCAGGCAGCCGAAACACGUCAGCAAGCAGGAAAAAUGGGACUACGUCGAAGAGGUGCUCAAGCUAUUGGAAAUGGAUGCAUAUGCGGAUGCCGUGGUCGGUGUACCCGGUGAAGGUCUCAACGUUGAACAGCGAAAGCGAUUGACAAUUGGUGUUGAGCUUGUCGCCAAACCCGCACUCUUGUUGUUCCUUGAUGAGCCCACCUCUGGUCUGGAUUCUCAGACGUCCUGGAACAUUCUCAAGCUCUUACGCAAACUCACAGAACAUGGUCAAGCUAUUCUCUGCACCAUUCAUCAACCUUCGGCCAUCCUGUUCGAGAACUUUGAUCGAUUGUUGCUCCUUGCAAAAGGAGGUAAGACUGUCUACUUUGGGGAAGUCGGCCAAGGGUCCCAUAUCCUUAUCGACUAUUUCGAGCGAAACGGAGCAAUCCCUUACCCCGCCGGCGAGAACCCCGCAGAAUGGAUGUUAUCAGCUAUCGGCGCGGCACCCGGAUCUAAGUCUGACAAAGACUGGUUCGAAGUCUGGAACGAGAGUCCUGAACGGGCAAAAGUCAAGGAACACUUGGAGGAACUGAAGACUGAACGACGAAAGAUCGUCGCCGAAGAAAAGGCCAAAAAGAGUUCACAGAGUAAAGAAGAUGCACAAUUGGACAAGGCUGCCUACGCCGAGUUCGCCGCGCCGUUUUGGCAGCAAAUGUGGAUCGUCAGUCGACGAGUGUUCCAACAGUAUUGGCGAACUCCGUCGUACAUUUGGUCAAAGAUCAUCUUGGUCGUCUUGGCUGGUCUCUUCAUCGGAUUCUCAUUUUUCAAGGCAGAUACCUCUCAAGCGGGUCUACAGUCGCAAUUGUUCUCUGCAUUCAUGAUCUUCCUUAUCUUCUCUCAGCUUUGUCAACAGACAAUGCCCGCUUUCGUCACCCAGCGAAGUCUGUACGAAGUCCGAGAACGACCUGCCAAGACGUACUCGUGGAAGGUCUUCAUCUUAUCCAACGUGAUCGCUGAGAUCCCCUGGAACAUUUUCGUCGGCACUCUAUUCUUCCUCACCUGGUUCUACCCGAUUGGAUACUACCGCAACGCCGAGCCCACGCAUACUGUACCUCAGCGUACUGCACUCAUGUGGGGAUUGAUGGAGACUUUCUUCCUCUUCACCGGAACUUUCGCCAUUGCCAUUGUGGCCGCCAUGGAUUCGGCUGAGACGGCUGGAAACGUUGCCAACUUGAUGUUCUCCCUGUGUUUGAUUUUCAACGGUGUACUGGUACCUUUCCGGACCAUGCCUGGAUUCUGGAAAUUCAUGUACAGAAUCUCACCAUUCACCUACCUCGUCGAAGGUAUCCUUUCAGUUGCCGUGGCCAAUACCCAUGUCGUCUGUUCGGAGGACGAGUUCCUACACUUUGAUCCCCCCAAUGGGGAAACGUGCGGAACAUACCUCACUCCAUUCCUCGAUGCGUACGGAGGAACACUCCAGAAUUACGAUGCGAACUCGGACUGCACUGUCUGCUCGAUUGGAUCCACAAACACUUUCCUCGAUCAAUUCUCGAUUUCUUACAGUCACCGAUUCAGAGACUUUGGUCUCAUGUGGGCUUACAUCAUUUUCAAUGUGUUUGCCGCUAUCGGUUUGUAUUGGCUGGUCAGAGUUCCAAAGAAGUCUGGUAAAGAACAAGCUACGGAGAGCGAUGGCAAGAAAGACGUGCCCCCGCCCGAAACCAACCACAAUGCCUGAUGAGUAAAUAUAGACUCAAGAAUCGUCGUCAAUUCCAAUAGAUCUGUCGUGUCUCUCGAAUCUGUCGUUUCUUAAUCAUAGUGUUUUCGUAAUAGCUUUCGUGCUUCAAUUCAUAAUCAUCUCAUCUCAAGCCUCGAUCGAGAUAUACAAU